AUGGCGGGCUUUCUGUUCAGAAAUCUGUGCGGGCGGUUCCGUCAAUCAGCGCGGAUCGAUAGACGGCUGUCGCCGCGACCACGUUGCGACUUCGUCCGGUACGUCAACGGCACCGGCGGCCACAAUCCCCGCGUUUCGGCGCAAACCGACGUCAGCGCCGCCAAGAAGCCGUCAAUCCGAGUGACGCUGGUGGAGGGCGACGGCCCCGGGCCCGCCGUCUGCGCGGCCGUCCGGAAAAUACUGAAAGCCGCGAAAGUGCCGAUCGAGUGGGACCGGCAGACGGUCCGCGUGCGCCGCGACCCGAUCACCGACCGGAUGGCCGUGAACGCGGAGCUGUUGCAGUCGGCCGCGGACACCCGAGUGGUUUUGCGCGGCCCGGCGACGGCCCCCGCGGACGACGGGUCGCCGGUGUCCACGGCGCUGACGCUACACAAAGCGCUGCGGGCGUCCAUCGGCGUUCAGCUUUUCGCGUCCGUCGAGGGCCACUGUCCGUUCGGCUACCUCAGCAUGGUCAACGUCCGCGACAACGUGUCCGCCGAAUAUUCGGAAAUCGAACACCUCGUAACGCCCGGUAACAGCACACAACGCCGAUAAUGUUAUAGCGCCAGUCACGCGUGCAAAAAGGAUAAUUUCUCAACGUAUUCGGAAAGAGCUGAUACCGGGGACACGGGCGUGCCGCUGUUGUAGGUGGAAAGCUGGGAAGGCGGGAGUGAUACGGUGUGAUCGAUCUAUCAUAAGACGCCCGUCAUAUCGGAAAGUAUUACCGUUUUCCGGAAUUCAUUUCCCGGAAUAUUCAAGAAACGAGCUGCUCCGAGAUUUUUCGUUUGUUAUUUUUCGACGCCCUUAACCAACUGUCUACUUUGGAUUUUCGAACGGCAACCUGUAUUGAACAUAGACGGAGUAUUGGUUGAAAUACAUUUUGGCGUCGACAUUCUCGAUUUCCGUCAAUCCGUUGACGAGAUAUUCCGCUUUCGAGUUCGGGUUGGAGGAGAAUGGCGGUGCAUUAUUGACAACUCUUCUCCAACCCGGACUUAAAAGUGGAAUAGCUCGUCGAUGGACUCGCGGAAAUCAACAAUUUCAACGCCAAAAUGUAUUUUAAAUAAUACUCCGUUCAUACGUGGAAUGUUACAGGUUGCCGUUUGCAAAUCAAAAGUGGCUGGCGGUCUCGCCCCUGAACGAUAGAUAUCUCUCUUACGAUAGAUUGAUCGCCUGUAUAAAUUUAUUCAAUUUGAAUAUCUGGAAGCAACAGUAGACCAUUGCUAACAAAAACCUAUUGGGAGCCAUGUUCGAUUACACGUGUUUUGAAAGUCGGUAAUAUUAACGAUUUCCGUCGAAUUCGAUUUUAAAACUCUUAUGCUUAAAAAAAAAAAAAAUUAAAAAAAACGGCAUUAGACUCAUUUUUUCUUUCGACCACCAUCAAUACGAACGAUAACGAACCCCGGGUUUAGUUUUCAAGCAUUUCUGUUUAGUCUGACAAUUUUAUUCACAGAGCGUGUCCAAAACAAGCAAAAUUAAAACGCCUAUAAACAGCUCAAAAACGGCUCAAACAAUUUUAAACGUCCAAAAACGAAUUUCUUACUCACCAACUGUGUUAUAGGUCUCCUUCCGUUUUUCCAAUUGUUUUUUUCCGGGUUUUCUCAAUCAUUAUGAAAACCCGUAGGAAAAUCAUAAAAUAACCUCUACUCGAUGCCCCGAGACAACAACGUCUUUCAGAAAAACUGCUACAUCCUAUACGCGGAGCGAGAUUUCUUUUCGAAAAGUUGUUUAUAGGCGCGAAAAUCGUUCAAAAACACACGUCGCAGUAAAACCGACGCGGUCCGAAUCGAAACAUAAACAUUUCACGACAUUUUAACAAUUUAACGUAACAUUUCAAACGUUCUGUAUAAUACAUUUUUCGCGUAUAACAUAAAUACCGCAGGCGUGGUGCAGUCCAUCAAGACGGUGACGCGACGGCAGUCGGAGGAGUUGGCGCGUUUCGCGUUCGAUUACGCUGUGGCCCACGGCCAUCGCCGCGUCACGACCCUGCACAAGGCAAACGUGAUGCGCAUGUCGGACGGCACGUUCCUGAAAGCUUGCCGACGGGUGAAAUGCGAUUACCCGGGCUUGGAGUACAACGAGGAAAGGCUGGACAAGUUUUGUUUGCAGGUGGUCAACGAACCGUGCCAGUACGACGUGCUUCUUACGCCCAGCCUGUACGGGGCGAUCGCCGGCGCGGCCGUUUCCGCGAUGGCCGGCGGCCCGGCCACGGUCCCGUACGCGGCGUUCGGGCCCGACGUGGCCGUGUUCGGUACCAUGUACGACGGGCCCGCGGUCUGUCGGAACGGCGUCAUCGCCAAGCCGGUGAUCAACCCGACGGGCCUAAUCAGGUCGGCCACCUGGAUGCUCCAACACCUGGGCAUGCCCGAAAUUCGGCUGCGUAUCGAGAAGGCCCUGGACGAGACCAUCCGGCAGGGCGUCAAGACCGGCGACAUGGACGGCGUGGCGUCCUGCGAACAGUUCACCAACGCCAUCGUCAAGAACGUCGCUCGUCAAGAACGGUGA